AAUAGGCGUGUGUGACGUCAUAGACUUUUAGCUGUGUUCGCUAUCGGAACGGAAGGGAGUGUGGAUUAAGUGCAUGCGCCAUGGAAAAGUCAAGUGACACUUCCUGUAACUUUCUGGACUUCAACAAUAGAAUGUCGAAGGUAAAGAAGGUAUUGGACGAUGCCAAAGAGCAUAAUAAUCCCGAGAUCGAUCUGGUCGACAAAGGAAUUAAUUCGUUGGAAGAGAUACCAGGACUCCUGUCUAUGCAGAACAUAACUAGGCUGACUUUGACUCAUAAUAAAAUUCUUGGUAUUCCAUCAAGCAUAGCCAAUUUUGUCAAUCUUGAAGUUUUGAAUUUGUUCAAUAAUCAUAUUGAGGAAUUGCCAACAUCAAUUUCUUCUUUACCAAAAUUAAAAAUUUUAAAUCUUGGUAUGAAUCGCCUGCUUACACUUCCUAGAGGAUUUGGUGCCUUUCCACAAUUGGAAGUAUUAGAUUUGACUUAUAAUAAUUUAAAUGAAAAGAGUCUUCCUGCAAAUUUUUUUAUGUUAGAAACUUUACGUGCCUUAUAUCUUGGUGAUAAUGAUUUUGAAUAUGUGCCUCCUGAAAUUGGAUUGCUGAAAAACUUGCAAAUUUUGGUAUUGAGAGAAAAUGAUUUAGUAUGUCUUCCUAAAGAAGUUGGAGAGUUAACUCGUCUUCGAGAAUUACACAUUCAGUCAAAUCGCUUAACUGUACUUCCACCAGAAUUAGGAAACCUAGAUCUUUUAGGCCAUCACUGUGUAGUGAGGAUGGACAAUAAUCCUUGGGUUCCUCCUAUAGCAGAUCAGUUACAAUUAGGUGUAUCUCAUGUUAUUGAAUAUAUAAGAUCAGAAACAUAUAAGUAUCUGUUUGGUCGUCAUGCUCAAGCUGGAUCUCCUCCACCUCCAAAAACUAAUGACAAAUCUAAAAAAGUUAGUCGAAAAAGAGAUCUUCCAAAUUGAGAUUUUCAUCAACUGAGAUUUGUUAAUUCAUCAAAAAAGAAGUGCCUAAACUUGAGAAUUAUAUAUAAAAACUCUUUAAUAGAUUUCUCUGGUAUAUUAUGAAACAUUAAGUCAUAUUCUAAGGAGCUUAAUAUUUAACAUAAAAUAUAUAUUUUAUUAUUUAACAGUAUAUAUAUUAUUAAAAUUAAAUAACCAAUUUCUGGAUUAUAUCAAGAUUUUCCAAUAGAAGAUGUAGGAUUUUAAUUAUCUGAAAUGAAAUGUGAAGCUUAAUUACUACUAUGUUUUGUAAUUUAAUUAUUGGAUUUGGACUAAUUUCUUAUAUUGAAUAAGAUAAUUAUUUAAGUAAAACCAAAUCCAAAAUAUAAUUUUGGUAAUUUUAUAGCUGAAAAGUUGAAAGUGUUGUUGUCAUUUUGGAUGAUCGCAUUUAUUAUGAAAUAUGAAAAUUGUCAAAUAUUUGUAAGAUUUGAAAUCACCAAUAUACUUUUUCUUUGUUCCUCUACACUCACUCUAGUGGUUGAAUUUCCUUUCUUAUUUUGCCAUACUUGUUGUGUCACGCACUCCCCAUAAUGCUUUGUCAAUUCUCGUCACCACUAACCUAAGGACAACUUCCACCCAAUGCAAAAAGUUCUCCCCAAAGGCCUGUUCCAAUCUGAGUUCACAUAUAAUUUAAGGUAAAAUGGAAAUGACAGUGCUUUGACCUGACAUAUUCAUUUUCUCUCAGCAUAUGCAAAUGGUAGAGAAUAUUGGUAAAGUUGACUAUCUUGUUGAUUUUUGUAUAUAAAAGAUUUAUUUGUUACAAUAAUGUGUAUUAUAAUAUAUAUUGUUGAAGAAAUAUGAAAUUAAUAUAAUUUGCCAUUUAAUUCAAUAAAUUCAGGUUAAAACAAGUAAUCAAAGAAUAAACAUGUUGCACUUGGUAUCAUUUAAUGUUAAUUUAUUAGUCAAAUUCUUUCAUAUUGAUUUACUGGAUAAUUUUAAAAAUCACUAUUAUUAUGUAGUGUAGUUAAUGCUGUUAUUGUAUAAACCACAGUUGUUUUAUAUUGUGCUGUAUUAGGGAAAAGAAAGCAUUGAGAAAUAUGUGUAUAUAUUAGCAUUUUAAUUCUUAUCUUUUUAAAAUUUAAGUAUUAUUUCUUUUGAUAGUGGGGUAAGGCCUCUAAAACACACUGUGUAUCUUGGUGGAAAGAGCAGGUGGAAUGACCCUUUGUUCAGGUACUUUGAAUACUUUGAAAGUAGCACUUUCAGAUAACCAAAGCUAUCCGAAAGUAGCACUUUCAGAUAGCUUUGUCGCCAGGAAUAAAAACAAAUACCCUUAGGGUAUUUGUUUUUAUUCCUGGCGACAAAAGCUGCUAAGAAAAUCUCAUAUUCUGAUCACUAUGAUUAGAGAUAAAAAUUUGUUAAGAAAAUUUCCAGCACACUUUGGCAUUGAAAUAAAAAAAGUAGUAAAUAAAACACUAUUCAAGAACACGAUACAAAAUCACAAAUCACCAAAAAAGGAAUUAUUAAACACAAUAAUUGAAUAUGUCACUUUUUGCAAAGUACUUAACCAAGAAAAGAAAAAUCAUCGUCAAAUGCAUUUCUUGAAUAAGCUACAAUUCUAUCAUUUUCUACAAAUAUCAUGUUACUUAAUGUCAUAGCUACAAAAUUCUUUGAAAAUACUCAUUCCAAAAGAAUGAGUGUUUUCAAAGUCUUUUAUAUUUCAACUAAGACCAAUUAGAAGAUAAUCUUUUACAUUACAUUCAUUUGAUCCAAAACUUCAACAUAAGGAACCUCUUUAUCUUUGCCACCUUGAAUUAUUUCUAACAAGGCAUUGUGUGCAGAUUCCUUUGUUGAGUUACAGUCACCUCGUUCGUUCCAGUUGAACUUGAAUUCCCAAAUAAUGGCAAAACCAUUAUCUAGCAUCCAUAGGUCAAUCAAGCCAGUUUUUGUCUUAUCCU